CAAGUCAGUUUGUUAAAUUUGUGGGUCAGAAUUCAGAAUCUAUAGACCAUUUUGAGGAAUGUAAACAAUAACAAUGGUCCUAACCUAUUUCCUGUAUUACAUUUUUAAUUUCCAUAUAGCUUCCAAUAAUCCAAAAAAAAUGUCCACAUAUAGAUAAAUAACGUUAUGACCGCCGAUUUAACAUUAAGAUAUGAUGACAUUUCCUCUUGUUAAAGUGACAAAAUAGUUUGACCACAAGCAGGUAAUGUUCAUGGGCCAGUGACAUCGCCACAUUAAAAUGGUUUAUAGGCUAGGUUAGAAAUCUCAUUCGCUUAACUUUUUGGGGGAAAAUUUUUGCAUAAGAAGUUUUCAACAUGAAUAUUCUUAAAAAAAAAAGCUAGCAAAAAUGUAAUGUAAGCAAAUAUUACAUUCUAAUAACGAUUUAACUCGCUUUUUUAAACGACGAUUCUACUCAAUUAAUCAGGCAUCGUUGUUUGUCGCUGACACACAUAUAUAACCCCUACAAUAUAUUGUGUGGGUGUUUCCAAAAUAAUAUUUAACUUUUAUCCACUUCCAGCGCAACGCAGAUAUCCCGCGAAGUCUCACGCACUCACCACACACACCUCUCGGUCUUCCGGUCUAACACGGAUGUUGUGUUUGGAUACACCAGGACCCCACAACAGACCACCACGAGGAACAAAUGCAGAUGCAUUAAACGCGACAAAUAAUUACACGACAAGAAUAUCCGUACAGGAUUAGCAUUAGGAGAUUAACGGGAAGACUCAUUUCGAUGAUACAUAAAUGAAGUAAAUGACCGAACGCAAGCCUGGGAUCAAGCGCGCGUCCGCAACGCCCCAAACAGGCAUUUUAUGAAAUUAUUUUAAUUGAGAUCAACCAUUUUGGGUACCAUGGAUGGCGAGUCACCACUAUGGAAUGAACACAAAAGCCAUAACAGUAGCGUUCCCUAUGAUGCAGCAGGGGAACAUCAGGAGAGUCAUGAUUUAUUAGGAGACGACUCUGCUUCUGGAGAACCCCUGUCAUCUUAUAUGAGUGGUGCAAUUAAGGCUUUAUUACCAGAUUACCAUGAAAAUUCCCCAUCAAUAACAACAACAUCUGUUGAAUAUCCAUAUUCUCUCGAUAACCAUUGUCUGAAACCUGGAACUAGGAUGGAUGAUAAUAUAGCAGGGGAGAAAACAGACAGUGUCAAACAUUUGCUUCCUCUAAGAUGUGACCAAUAUGUGCCACAAGAAAAGGAUCAAGAAAUAGACCAAGGAAACUGUAAUUGGACAUCGGUGCUCCAAGACACUCUAGAGAUGAGUAAUGGAGUGGAAAUGGAACAGACUUUAUCAAUGGGUGUAUGUGUCCCCAUGAUAGACUUGAAUCCUAUAUAUAAAGGACCUGAUACUGAGGCAAAAUUUGCAAUUAAUGACCACAACCAGAUAGCAGAAGCCAGAUUAAUCAAGGGGCAAGGAGGAAAAGGAGAACUUGAUUCUUUUUUUCCAGUGGUAUCUGAUGGCAGUAGUCCAAAGAAAGGAGUUUUGGAAAUGGGGAAUAAUGAGAAGCCAGUCUCUUUGGAUGCUGUAUUAUCUGUGGAAAAAGAAGAACUUGAAAUGACUGGAAUCAGAGAAUAUGAGUCAGGCUUAUUACCAGGAUUUAACAACAGUUUGUACUCUCCUUUUUCUUCAUCGGGUGGUUUUUUAAAAAGCAAAACAAUUCCUUUGGUCACACACUCUUUUGAACCCACCCUCCAUGGAGCAACAGAAGAAUGUGAGAAGCCUUGCAAAGAUGUCAGUCCUAUAAAAAAUGAAGACACAAACAAUUCCUUCAACCAUUCAAAAGUAAACAAUGAAUCUGUUCACAGACCUGCUUCUGUAUAUGGGCUACAUCAUCUUGAUCUUCAGAAGGUCACAGAUGGAAAAACUUCAGUUGAAUCACAUGAUCAUUCCUCAGAGCAUGAUGUGCAAGAUGAGAAGGCAGACAUUAUCAAUCUAGAGGUCUCUAAGAGUACAGUAAUAAAACAAACUGCAACAUGUCUGCCCAAAGCGCAAUACCUUGAAAGUAAACUUGAAACAUUUCAUGAUCAUGUACCUGUUAUAGCCUCAGUGAGCAGCCAAAAUGCAGCUAUGGCCAAAUGUGAAAACUUGGAACACGGGACCUCUGAAAGUACUCCCUCUGAGCCUGAAAGAGUUGAAAAGGUAUCAAUUAAAACAAAUAAUGCUGAACCAGACCUAAAGGUGGAAACAAAAAUUGCCAUUGGAAUUUAUAACUCUUCUUCAGGAACUGAGACGAUUCAAGAUCAACCUUUUGUAUCUGACAAAAAUCACACAGAUAUUAAAUGUAAGGAUUCUGGGGUGGAGCAAUGGGAAAAGAGACAACUAAAUGAGCUUUGUCUUCAAGAGAACAAUUCAAAGAACACUACACUGAUACUGACCUCAACUCCAGAAAAAGAUAGAGAUGAAUGUGAAAUUCAUGUACAGGAGAAACAAACCCAAGAAAGCCCAAGUGCAAUUCUUCUGCCUUUUGAAAAAAAUGAGCAAAACUCUGAAAAAAGUGAAAAGAAUUCUUACAAUGUCACUUCAGAAAGCAGUAUUCCUCCACCAAUUGAGAGUAUUAAGGCAGCUCCAUCUUCUCCCACAUCCUGGACAGACUGCUCCUCUCAGAAUAACAUGCAGAAAACAUUGCAAAUGCAUAAGAAACGAAAAAGAAAAAGAACUGAGCUUGAACAAUUAUUUGAACCAAUGCACAGUAAAAAAGAGGACUGUCCUGUGUAUGAAUCUGAUAUAUUAGACACCCCUGUAAAACCAGGCACAACUGGAUGCGAAAGAGCUAAUCCAAACAAUUCAUUGUCUGAUCAAGAGAGUUCUGCAUUAAAAGAGGGGGACAAUACAAAUGAUGCAAACUCUCCUUCAUCUAAAAGAAAAUCUUGUCAUUCACAACUGGAAGUGUCACAACUUGAGCUAGUGACAGAUCCAGCAGAGACCUCACAAAAACAAGGUCAUAGCUGCUCUGAAGCCACUCAGGAAAAAAUGCAAUCAAAUGCUAGGGUCAACAGGAAAGCUGGUUCUAAAAGGAAACUGAAGAAAAGAAGGAAGUUGCAUUUAAAAGUAAAAAGCUCUGAUAAACCAGAAGAGGACUAUACAUCACAUUCUAAGGUCAGCAAAAACACCUUGGUGAAAGAAGGUAGUAAUCCAACUGUAACCCAAGAGGCCAUCUCUAGUUUAGAGUCCAGUGCAUUUUCAGAACAUGGCACAGAUUUAGUGGACUUUGAAAUACAUCAGAAGGUUACCCCUACUAUCAAGGUCUCUAAAGACAAAAAGGAUAAGCAUGAAGCUAGUCCACUGAAUACACAGUCUUCACUAGACUCCACAAUUAGAAUAGAUCCUGUUUUAAUCUUAGAGACUGAAUCUUCAGACAUUCAGAACAACCUAAUGACAUUAAGGCAAAGGAAAAGAGUAGAUAUCAAGCCAACAAUAAUACCCAAUGUCUGCCCACAAGAGGAUACUGUCUUACCAACAAAUUCUAAAGAAAACCUACUCACUUCCGAUAUGAAGACUGUCACAGGAAAAAGAUCUGUCAAGAAAGGUACUAAAAAAGAUGACAAUGAAACUACUCCUUUGGACAUAGAGCCUUUUACAGCCACUCCAAAACAAACAGAUCCUGUUUCAACUGCAGAAACUGAAGCAGAGUCUUCUGCUGUCCUUAGGACACAGAGGAAGUCACCAAAAAAGAAAAUGCCACAUACUAAUCAUGAAGCCAUACAUUUACCUGCAGCAGACCAAACCCCUCAACUAAGUGUUUUGAAUAAAUCGACAGAACCUGAUUCCAGCAUUGCGCAACCAAAUAAAAGAAGGUUCAGAACAAGAAAAACAUUUGACACAGUCAAUGACAACUGUAAACCUACUAAACACAUUUCUACAGCUGAUUCUGGACCUGCUGAAGAAUCUGAAUAUUCAGGUGUCAGCCAACAGACACCAAAUAAACAGACACCUAAAGAUAUCCAAACAAUACAAGAAAUCCCUCCAUUUGAUUCCAUGGCAGCCACAGAGAUUGAUGAUUCUGAUGAUCUUGACCAAAAGAAGACAAAAGGGAUAGCAAAAAGAGAGGAUAUGAAGGCCACUAAACACAAACCUCAUGUAAUCAGAAAUCUUCGAAAACCAGAUACAAUGCAGAAAGAAUAUUCAGAGUCAAUUAAUAUUACAAACUCAAGGUCAGAAGACAUGACAAGCAAAUGUAUUCAAAAGAGAACAUUACUCAGAAAUGUUUCAUAUAAGGACCAUACUGAACAUCCACCGGUGUCUUUGGGUAAAGAUCUAACACGAAGCUCCUGCAUAAAAACAGACAUUGAACAUGACACGGCUGAAAGUCAUGAGGAAAAUCCGGUUUUCAUCACCAAUGAACCAAGUCCUCAGAGCUCACCGAUGAAGGCAAAGAAAACCAGAGGAAAACAUUUGUUCAAUAAAGAAGAAAUUGAACAAAGUAUUGUCUUAGAGCCAGCCAAAAGAGAAGAAAAACAUUCAGAUGUGCCAUCUGCCAUAAUAGAGGUAGACUCUGAAAAUAUAAAAAAGACUGUUGUAUCACAGCAACCUGUAAAAGAUGGCACUGUGGUUGAUCAAAAUGAUACAGUUGAGGAAGAGACUAGAAUUACAGUCCUCCAUGCUGCAAAAACUCCUAAGACAAAGAGUCAAAAAGUUGGUCAGAAGAAAAAGAUGUUGGUAGUCCUGUUAACUCACGUUAAAGAGGAGGAAAUGUCUGAUGAUGACAGAAUAGCAGACAUCACUGAGAGUCAUACAAGACCUGGAGAAACUCUUUUUAGUUCUAUGCAAACUACUGAUGUUAAAGACCAAGACAAUGUUGAACAAAAACAAGGAAACCCCCUCUCAGAUAAAAUCACAAUGUUUUCAGAUAAUAAUGAGUGUAAUGCAAGACUCGGAGAGACUCUUACUAGUCCCAUGGAUAUGACUGAUUGUGAAGACCAAAGCAAUGUUGAACAAAAGCCACGAAAACGAGGAAGACCUUCUUUAAAUAAGAGUACAGAGUUUUCAGACAUCACUGAGUGUCAAGCUAGACUUGGAGAGACUCUUUAUAAUCCCAUGCAAACUACUGAUUGUGAAGACCACAACGUUGAACAAAAGCCACGAAAACGAGGAAGGCCUCCCAAAAAAAACAAUAAAAACAUGAUAUUUGUAGCACAUUUAGAAGAUAACAUUUCUUCGUCUGUAGAGAUUUCAGAAUUUUCUUCAAGUCAAGACAGCACAGAAAAAUCUGUCAAUGCAGCAGAAAGUUCAGUGAUUCAGAAAGAUGUUGAAUUUCUUAAAAUGGGAAAGGUUGUGGAGGUGAAAAACCGUGUUAGGGUUAACAAACAAUUGGGAAUUGACACGUCAGAUUCCGCUCAGAGUACUACUGAUCCUUUGUCACAAAACAGCCCUUCUCCUACGCGUAAAAAAGGGAAGAACUUUGAAAAGCCAAUAAGAAACUUGAGAGUAUCCAGCAGGUUAUCCGAAGCAUUAUUCAAAGAGUCACAAAAAGCAAACAAACCUUCCUUUCCUCAAAAUGCCAUAGAAGUUUUCAAAGGGGAAGGGAAAACAUCAUUGUCUAUGCCUGGAGUAGCAGAGAAUCUGAAACUCUGUGAGAAAACUACUGUACAAGAAGGUGUGCUGGCAGAUAUAAAGAUUGAAAAUAAAGUGAAAAGAAGAAAACGUGGUCAGAAGAGAGACAGAAUUAAAGCGCCAUCUCUUGAUCAAAGAUUAAAUUCCAAGUCAACAGAAAUUGUGAAGAAACCUCUCACAUGCAAAUACUGUGGCAUUUCUUUUCGACAUAUUACAGCAUACACCGUUCAUCGGCGCAUUCAUACAGGUGACAAACCUUACAAAUGCAAGAUCUGCGGAAAAACCUUUGCUCAACUGUCAAAACUAAAGUCACACCAUAAUGUACAUACUCAAGAUACCUCUUUUCCUUGUCCUUGCUGUAAUCGUAGGUUCAUGCAGAAAAAAGAGUUGCUAUGCCAUUUUAAAGUCCACCUUAAGGAAUCAAAAACAAACAGUGAACCACAGAAGGACCUCAGUAGCAAGAGAAAUGCUUUAUCAAAUGUGUCUUCAGAGACCGCAAACAAUUACAGGUGCCUUAUUUGCAAGAAGAACUUUGUAAACCAGGACAAGUUGGAGAUUCACAUGCAGACGCAUGAAAUGGAAAAGCCCUUGUCUUGUAAAGACUGUGGAAAGAACUUCUGGAAUCCAUCAAGCCUCACAGCUCAUGAAAAAACACAUUGGCCUGUGAAACCAUACGCUUGCUCGAUUUGUGGGAAAGGCUUUAAUCAACUUAAAGCCCUGAAAAAGCAUUCUCAAAACCAUGCCGGUGAGACCCCUUUCUCUUGCUUUCACUGUGGUCAUGCAUUCAGUGACCUGUCUGCACUUAGAAUGCACCAAGCAUCCAAAACCUGCAUUGCAAGGAAGAAUGUCGAGGCAAACAGUAACAUCGAGGGUUUCAUUGUAAGUCAAGGAGUUGAUGGUCAAGUGAACACACCAGUGUUCUUCAAGUGCCAAAUAUGCAAACAGCUUUUCAGGAAAUGGUGCCAAUACACUCUUCAUCUUCAAACACACACCAGCUCCCCCCCAUACAUUUGCUUUUCUUGUGGACAGUGUUAUGAGACAGAUUCAGAGAUGAAUGUUCAUUGUAAGGUUUGUUGCCAGUCAAGUGGAGAGGAGAAGAUUUGUGGUACAUCACUCUCAGAAAUCACGCAAGGAGUUUCACUGUCAUCUAAAAGUUUACCAAGUACAGGAACCCGGCAGAAUUCUCAAAUGCCGACUAGCUCAGAACGGCUUGCGGAACCUGUACAAACAAAUAACAAAGUUCUUACAAAACUUCCUGAAGCUAUUACUAUCCAGUUACCCAUCAAACUCCCAAGCAACCAAUUACCAACUCCUAGUGAAGUUAUCUCUGCUUCCAGAAGUAGCUCUCCAAGUCUUUGGAAUUAUAAAUGUUCAAGUUGUGGACAGCGAUUCAAGCAAUACAAGUCUUUGAGUGUUCAUCUACAAACUCAUGCUGCUGGUUUCAGAUAUACUUGCACACAUUGUGGACAGUUCUUUGAAAGCUGGAGUAAACUAUGGUUACAUCAGCGACGUCAUCGUCUGAAAAACCGCAGUUUCUCCUGUAAUCAGUGCAAUCUGCAGUUCCGCUUCUUCGGUUCAUUUAAAGAGCAUAUGAUUGAUCAUGCAGGGCAUAGCCCGUAUGUUUGUACAGUCUGUCCUAAAACCUUCACUGAGGAGGCAAGCUUACAUGCUCACCAAUGUGAGUCUCAUAACCUUCGUACAAGUCUCAAAUGCGAUGUCUGUUCUAAGACUUUCAGUAAUUUAAGUAACUUAAUCAAGCACAGUCUCCUGCACAAUGGUUCUACCUCUCACAUUUGUCUUUCUUGCAAUCUCCCAUUCACAAAUUCAAGAGUCCUAAAGGAACAUUUGAGGACACACACAAACCCCGGACCAGCCCUUCCUGAUCUUCCAUUGAAGCCACUCAGUUUUCCUCACAAAUGUAAGAAGUGCAAAGCUAGUUUCUCAACAGGAGAUUUGCUUUAUGCUCAUCAGAUUUGCCAUUCCAGAGACGCAAAGACACUAGGCCGUCCAGCAGUAGUACCCACCUCAAAAUCACCUACUACACCCUCCACUCGAAAGAAUCAUGUAUCAAACCUCAAUCUUGACAGCAUCCCUGAUGAUGACACCCUGUAUCUUUAUACCCACCCAGACAAGCUCUAUGUGCCCCCUAGUCGCAAAGUACAGCCUCCGGUCAUUAAUUUGGACCCUGAUAAAAACGUAGAGGCAUUGGACGCUCAGAAUACUGAACCUCCAAACAAUGAAAUCACUUCUCAGUCUGACAGUACACCUCUCCCUCAGGCCACACCAGAUCAGGAGGAAACAACCAGCCUGAAUUCCUGUCCUGAACUUCCAAACAAUGAAAUCACUUCUCAGUCUGAUAGCACACAUCUACCUCAGGCCACACCAGACCAGGAAGCGACCAAUGCAAGUUUAAAUGAAAGCGUAAAAGAGAUAGCAGAUGAUCAAGAUAAUACUGGCCGCAAGUAUCAGACAAGAUCUACAUUUGUGAAAAGAAAUGUUGAUAUGGAGUUACGAACACUUGCUCAGCAAGGGUCAGAGGAGAGUUUUGAAUGUGCGGACUGUACUGAAAAACUAACCAGCGUCUUAAGCCUUUAUGAACAUUACAUACUUCAUGCAUUGGGCGAUACAUAUGUACACUGAUAAUCCUGGCAAGUAGUCAUUUUACCACAUUUUUACAUUUUAAUGUUUUGCCAGAGGACUAUUUUGGGGGGUUUUGAAACCAUUAUUGGCAAAAUGGUCAACUGACAUAAUGAAAAAAAGUGACUCUUAUAUUCUCUUUCAACCCUGAGGUUCAUUGGGUUUAAAGAGUUGACUGUACUACUUAGAUUAUCUUUAAUUGUGUCUGUACUGCACCUUUAUCCUCUUGAUAUCUCCUAUUGUGCCUUCAGUGAUAGGUGUGGUUCUGUACAAUAUCUUUAUAUUGCUAUACACAAAUCUGCUUAACAACACAUCCUGAUAGUUCUCCCCCUGUAGAAUCAAUUUCUUGUUUUCAACAUGCUCCAAAACUAAAUUCUGUUAGAAAAGAUGGUUAAAUAUAGGUUAACUCUGAGACGUCAUAUAUGAAUAUGUGGAUGUGGCAAAACAUACUGUAUAUUGUACAAAUGUGUAGAUCUUAAGAUCAUUAGAAUAUUUCUAGAAAAAACUGUUUGCUUUGAAAAUUAUAUACUUUUCAUUCAAAUCAGUUUUUUUUUAAUAAAAUAUACUAGCGUA